CCAGAAAUCCACAUCCGUGCUGCUGCUCCGAUGCUAACAGCACACCGUGGGGCAGUGCGCGCUCUGCAGUAAACGUUACCGGCAGAGGGUUUAAUACAACACACAACAAUGCGACGUCUGGGCUCCGUUCAGCAGAAGAUACCGUGUGUCUUUCUGACGGAGGUGAAGGAGGAACAGUCGAGGAAACGGGACUGUCAGCAGUUCCAGGUUGUUGCCACAGAAAACGUGAACCCUGUUGCUCUGGAAGCCGACGUUGAUUGUGCCCUCGCCACGGAGAAGCUCGACGGCACAUGUUGUUAUGUUACGCUUUAUAAAGGACGAGCUCACCUCUGGGCUCGACUGGACAGGAAAGCCAACAAACAGGCCGAGAAGAGGUUCAGAAAGCAUCAGCGUUCUCCCCACAGCGGUAAAGGUUUCACGUGGAACGUCGAGGAGGAUUUUAAGACGGUGCCAGAGACGUGGAUCCCAGCGCACAGAGUCAAACAUCACAACGACCUCCCAGUGCCCGAUGAACAUGGACACAUUCCAGGCUGGGUUCCGGUGGAGAAGGACAACAAACAGUACUGCUGGCAUGCCUCCGUGGUGGAUUGUGACGUGCGGGCGGCUCUUGUUCUCAGGCCCUGUGCAGAAGAUGAAGACGUGCUAGAAGUUGCAGCGGUCCAGUUGGCCGUCCUCCUGGAACAAACCCUGGAGCUCAUUGGAACCAACGUCAACGGAAACCCUUAUGGACUGGGCAGUAAGCAGCAGCCCGUCCACUGUCUGGUGUCACACGGCAGUGUUCCAAUCAGAAACCCUCCACCUGUAGACUUCCAGCAGCUGUGCUCCUGGUUCCAGGAGAGUCCAGAGGGCCGAGUCGAGGGCAUCGUCUGGCACUGCAACGACGGCACACUCAUUAAGGUUCAUCGUCAUCACCUGGGGCUGAGGUGGCCAGACGGGGAAACCUCCCUCGCUGAGCGGGCGGUGGUCGUUCGCGUUGGCGAAUACAACAACAGCAAGGACUUGUUCUCAUUCUUCUCCGUACUAAACGGACACCGUUUCAGUCGACUGCGGGACGUCAAGUUUGCUUUGUGAACACAGUACGAGACAACUUGCAGAAAUGUGUAGAAAAGAACUGACCAAGCUGACAACUGGUGUAGUUUUAACAGUCCUGACGUCAUUUAAAGGCACAGUAACCCUGAGUUAACUGACGGACACAUUGGGAAUUUCAGCUUUUACACCGAACUGAUCGCAAACCUUCUUCAGCUGUUCCUCCAGCAGAAUGUUCUUCUUCACCUCUAAAUUGUAGUUGUAUUUUAAGUCUUCGAUCUCUUCAAAAAACGUCGGGUCGAAGUUCUCCAGUUCUUUCUUCAGCUUUUUAACCUCAGUCUGAAGUUUGGUUUUCUCUGUUUCGGCUGCAUGCAGGAUGCGUUUGAGCUUUGCGUGGUCUAAGAAUAGAAAACAUGCAGCUCAUCUAUAAACUUCACCUCUUCAGCGUUGGAUUACAAUCAGAAGCAACAUUUGCAAUAGUGUGUUCGUGGUCACCUGGUGUAGAAGACGUUUCACCGUAUCGCUGGCUGUACUCGCCCAGCCUUUGGUUCAGUUCUGUGUUCUCCUUCUCCAGCUCAGUGUUCCUCAAUCUAAGACAGUCACAGGAUGGGGAUUAUCGUUAUCCACCAUCUAAAUGUGUACACUGCAUUCCCACAAUAAACUAUUUCCACAGUAAA